GACAGAGCAGCUACGUCUGGAGGAUCAGAGAGUGACAGGGGUUUCAGCAGGAUCAGGCAGCCAGGGAAGACCAGUCUGUAACAGAGGUAGUGUCUGAGGGUGGAUGAGGUGGCAGCAGAACACAAGGUGAUGGUGUAGCACUGGGUGACGGGCUGCCAGGGUGAGGAGGACAGGUGCGGUGCUCGCUGAGUGGAGGGGCGUGGUGUGGGAUGUGGCGCUGGACGACCCACCUGGACGGAGGGCCGCGGAGGGUGAACCAUGCUGCCGUCUCCAUGGGACACAAGGUGUACUCCUUCGGAGGGUACUGCUCUGGAGACGACUAUGAGACGCUGAGACAGAUAGAUGUACAUGUCUUCAACACAGUUUCUCUGCGGUGGAUGAAGUUGCCUCCAGUGAGAACAGGUGGUAGAGAACAUGCCAGGGAUGUCCCCUACAUGCGUUACGGUCACACAGCCGUGCUGCUGGACGAUACCAUCUACAUCUGGGGGGGUCGUAAUGACACGGAGGGGGCCUGCAAUGUCCUCUAUGCCUUCCACGUCAACAACCACCGGUGGUUCACCCCUAAGAUAUCUGGGACGGUUCCGGGAGCGAGAGACGGCCACUCAGCCUGCAUCCUGGGGAAGGCCAUGUACAUCUUUGGAGGGUAUGAGCAGCUGGCUGACUGCUUCUCUAAUGACAUUCACAAGCUGGACACUACCACCAUGGCCUGGUCACUAGUCAACGCAAGGGGUACUCCAGCUCGUUGGAGGGACUUCCACUCUGCCACCAUCAUUGGCACUAAGAUGUUUGUGUUUGGAGGCAGAGCAGAUCGCUUCGGUCCGUUCCACUCAAGUAAUGAGAUCUACUGCAACAAGAUAAAGGUGUUUGAUACAGAGACCAACAGCUGGCUGAACACUGCUACUGCUCAGCUCCCACCAGAGGGACGACGUAGCCACUCAGCCUUUUCCUACAACGGGGAGCUGUAUAUAUUUGGGGGCUAUAACGCUCGUCUGGACCGACACUUCAAUGACCUCUGGAAGUUCAACCCAGGUGAUCAACCGUUCUAA